AUGUGUUUAGGUAUCUAUGUUUAUGCUUCACCAAGGGCGGCAACACAGUUUGAGGACGAGUACUUCUCACCUCUCAUGUCCGCCUACCGCAAUGCUGCUCUCACACCCUCCUACUCCAUCACCCCUAAGCAUAGGUUCAGGUCAGGUGAGGUGCCCACUUUUCUCCUGUGGUCAGAACCUUUCAACGGGUGGUUUUGGGAGUCUCAGUUAACCCACAUCAAGAAAGGCCUAUGUCCUCAACCCUGUAACGUCAUCUUCAACGUGUCCCAGAUGGCUCGUGUCGACGCCGUGGUGGUGUACCUACGAGGUGUACCAAGUAGGGGGAGGGUGUUGAACCAACUGGCGCCCCGGGAUCCUACCCAGCCCUGGAUCGUCUCCACCUUCGAGGCGCCGCCCAGAGCCAACAGCAUCCACCACAUAGAAUACCGCUCCCUUAAUGGUGUCUUCAAUCGCACGAUGCUCUACCGCAGAGAUUCUGACGUUAUGGUGCCUCAUGGAUUCAUUGUGCGUCGUGAUGAGGCAACGCUGCUGCCUGCGUCUUGGCGUGUCCCUCCCCCGUCACACCGCGGGGACUGGCAUACACGUAAACCUAUUGUCGCUUUCAUCUCCAACUGCAGGGCUAAAAGCGGCCGUCUGGCGUAUGUACACGCCCUCCAAAAACAUAUCCCUGUUGAUGUCUACGGCCAUUGUGGGCCUCUGAAGUGCGGCAAAACAAUGUACGUUUACCAUCUUUACGACCCGACAAAAUAUGAAUGUUUUAGAAAAGCUGGCGAGACUUACCUCUUCGUUCUAGCAUUUGAGAACUCCCUUUGCACUGACUACGUCACUGAGAAGGUUUACAAUCUCCUGUUUUACCCGAUGGUGCCCAUAGUUCUCGGCUCAGCUAACUACUCAGCUCUCCUCCCACCUAACUCCUACCUAGAUGCUCAACAGUACACUCCAGAACAACUCGCAGCCAAACUCAAGUUCUUGGCGAAUAACCCUGAGGAGUACCAGAAGUACUUGGCCUGGCGAGAUUACUACCAGCCUUCCACAACUGGCGAGGAGCGCACAUUGUGUCACCUGUGUGUUCGACUACACGACCCCAAGUUUUACGAACAUCAGGUUAUAGAAGAAUUUUAUGACUGGUUUAUUAACAAAUCUGAACCUAAAGAUGGCCACGGAAAAUGCCAGUAAAUGAACAGAUACCUACAACAGCUGAGGCUUCUAUCCUAUCUCAUUCGUUCAGAAUAACAAUGGAAGGUCAUCAACAGAGACUAAGGAAGGUCAUUGUCAACAGAGAAGAAAGUGAGUUACUGUACAUUCUCAAAGAAAAAUGUGGGGAUCCCCAGAAUUGCUGUCUCCAGUCCCCACACUGAGAAGGGGACGCUACAACGUGUCGUAUGUUUUAAUUGUAAAUUUGGGGAUGGGUGCGGUUGGUAAGAUUGACUGAGAUUGAAAAUCCACGUUGGCAGUGUCUCCACUUAACCAAGCCCAUUUGUUCCUCUGGCUUCCUACAUACUUAAGCACUAUUGUGAGAUCGUUUUUGGCCGUAUCUUUGCAUUUGUUUAUUUUUUAUUAUAAAUUUUAUUUACUAUGAAUUAUUAUUAUUAUUGUUAAACAAAAGUUCCUUAGCAAGAAAUAUACAUGCAUGUUAAAAGAAAACAGUUUUCUCUUCUCGGAUUGUUGCAAAAUUAAGUACGUGGCAAUGGAGAUAAUAGAUAGAUAGAUAAAUAGAUAGAGAGUACUAGCUUACUUGUGAAGAGAGAAAC